GCCAUUUCAAAAUCUGGUCACACUGGAGUCUGACGAGUUGUUUUUGGCGGAGAAAAACCCAGAAAAGAAACUGCGGUGUUCACAAAUUCCCAGUUAAGCCGAUUUCUUAGCCCCACAUUAUUAACACUCACUGACCGUUCUGCGGUCGAGUCGUAGCACCGAAAAUCGAGCGCCGUUUGUAUUUUUUUUCUGUUCUUCCUCGUGGAAAAUCAGUGAACUAGCGGCCCACCGAAACGAAAAAGUGAAAUUGCCUUUUGCGGCAAAUAAGAAAAAAGAAUUAAGAAAGAGAGAAACAACAGCAACGGUAACGAAAAUUGUUGUUUACAAAAGUAUAUAAGCAAUCGGGCGUCGCUGUGUGCGUGCGUGUGUGCGUGUGUAGUUGUUGCGCCAAAAAUUCCGAUCGGAAUUCUGGAACAGCUGGCCACAACAACAAAACGCGGCCAAGAACAAUUUAGCUGCUGAAAAAUGGGCGACUUCGAUCUGAAUGUGGACAGUUUGAUACAGCGGCUGCUGGAGAACUUCAAAAAGCAAAAAGAGGCCGAAGAGCACGCCCAGAAGCUGCUAAUCGCUCAACAAUUGGCCGCCGCUGGCGGAGCGGCCGCUGCCGUUGCUACCGCUUCAGCGGCCGCCGCCGCAGCCGCCGUUUCCGCAUCGUCGCCGACGUCCAGCAGCAGUUACUCCGCUCUGGCGGCCUCUUUUGGAUCGGGAACGGGAUUAGGAUCGGGAACGGGCUCUGGAUCGGGAUCGGGAUUGGGGGCUGGAUCCGGAUCAGGAUCCGGAUCGGGGUCCAGUUACGAUCCGCUGGAAGAGCUCACCGAACAGCAGCGCCGGCUGUUGCAACAGUACUCGAUAUCGCCGCCCAGCGAGACGAUGAUAUCCGCCGAUGGCGACCAAAUCACCGUCCAUCAUCCGCGCGAGGAGCCCAAGAAAUCCAGAUUGAAACUGCGCGACUUUUUCGUCGCCGAGUUUGUGCGCAGCUGCCGAACGGGCAAACAGGUGCAGAUGACCGAGGCGGAGGUGCGCGGAUUGUGCCUCAAGUCGCGCGAGAUCUUCUUGCAACAGCCCAUCCUGCUGGAGCUGGAGGCGCCGCUGAUCAUCUGCGGCGACAUCCACGGCCAGUACACAGACCUCUUGCGGCUAUUCGAGUACGGCGGCUUCCCUCCGGCCGCCAACUAUCUCUUCCUCGGCGACUACGUCGACCGGGGCAAGCAGUCGCUGGAGACCAUCUGCCUCCUGCUGGCCUACAAGAUCAAAUAUCCGGAGAACUUCUUCUUGUUGCGCGGCAACCACGAGUGCGCCAGUAUUAAUAGGAUUUACGGCUUCUACGAUGAGUGCAAGCGUCGGUACAACGUAAAGCUGUGGAAGACCUUCACGGAUUGCUUCAACUGCCUGCCAGUUGCCGCGAUCAUCGACGAGAAGAUCUUCUGCUGCCACGGCGGCCUGAGUCCCGAUCUCCAGGGAAUGGAGCAGAUCCGUCGCCUGAUGCGACCCACGGACGUUCCGGACACCGGUCUGCUGUGCGACCUCCUGUGGAGCGAUCCCGACAAGGACGUUCAAGGAUGGGGGGAAAACGACCGCGGAGUGAGCUUCACGUUCGGCGUGGACGUUGUCUCCAAGUUCUUGAACCGCCACGAGUUGGAUUUGAUCUGUCGUGCGCAUCAGGUUGUGGAGGACGGCUACGAGUUCUUUGCGCGUCGUCAGCUGGUCACACUGUUCUCGGCGCCCAACUACUGCGGGGAGUUCGACAACGCCGGCGGCAUGAUGACCGUGGACGACACGCUCAUGUGCUCAUUCCAGAUCCUGAAACCAUCGGAGAAGAAGGCCAAGUAUCUGUACAGCGGAAUGAACUCAUCGAGACCCACAACACCGCAGCGCAGCGCCCCAAUGUUGGCGACCAACAAGAAGAAAUAAUAUAUCCAUCCGCUUCCAUUUCCUUAAAGGUUCAACAACAAACAACAGAAGUAAACUUUUACAUAGAUACACACAUAUAUAUACAUAUAAAUAUAAAGAGAUGUAGAGCAGAGAAAGGAAGGGCAAGUUAUAAAUUAUAAAGGUGUGAAACGAAAAACCAACUGACGAAGUAACGAAGCAUGCUAAAUCCAAGUGCAUAAAGCUAAACAUUUAUGUGUAUCCGUCGUUAUCUGUAAACAUAGAGCAUGUGUGUUUUUUGGGUGUGGAAUCUGUGUCCAACUUGAUUACCUUACCUUAUCCGCGUACCUGCUAGUUGCAAAUAACAUCGGCAGCUGCACAAGCGACACAGCAACACUCGAAGGCCCUAAGUUAAGUCGAUAGCUGCAUUUGAUCCGAUUAUCAGAUUAACCGAUUAUCAGAUUAACCGAUUAUCAGAAUAACCGAUUAUCAGAUUAACCGAUUAACCGAUGAAUGGAAACGAUGACAAAGCCUCCACUUCCCCCCAAAAAAAAAACAGCAGCUCCCCAUCACCUAAAAUCCCAAAACAUGCAGAUAAACAAAUAAAUUAAAAGUACAGCGAUGUUAAGCAAUGAAUUUAUAUAUAGGCUUAUUAAUGUAAACUAUAUACGAUAUACUUAUAUAUUCAUAACUACAAGAGAGAAACGAAAACAAACCUAAAUAAAACUAAAAGGAAAUAGAAACAGAAAGCAAAGUAUCUGACCACUGUGCAGAUCCUUUGUGGCUGCACAGUGGGACAAAACAGCUAUCAGUUUACUUCUACUUUUGGCCGUGCGCCGAGCUUACAAAAUUCGCAGCAAUUGUACGAUUUUUGGUUGUCCUCCUAACAACUAAGUGCGCAUUACAAAUUUGUCUGACAAAAAUCUAAGAAAAUCAAAAAACUAAGAAAGCAAAUGAUAAAAUUAUAGAAACAAAAACCUAUGUAUUAAGCUUAAAACAGUUGAACUCUGUGUGUGUAUUUUAUUUAUUAUUUAUCUAGAAAUAUAAAUAUAUAUGUUCUUUUUGUCAUUGGUUAAUUAAUUUAUUGCUUACAUUAUAUUUAUAAAACAAAAAAAAAUGAAUUAAUCCCUAACAUCUACGUUUGUCAUUAUACUCAGUUUAAGUGGCAAAAAAAAUACUGUUAACGUGUUAUUGGGCAUUUAACAACUGGGGCUUGUUUUUCAAUGCCUAAACUUUACCUAGAAAAACUCCAACCUAACUUUAACUUGCCUCACACACAAAAGAAAAGGAAUAAAUAAACAAAUUUUAAAUUUAACGAAUUACUUCGAGUACUUGAAACACCAAUUUUUGUGCAUAUUUAAUUUACGAAUAAGAAACGGAAUGCGUUGAAGAAUGUUGCAAGGGAGAAUAAGUGAAUGUGAAGUGAAUAUAUGAAAAUAUAUAAGUAUAUACAGAAGGAACGAAAGAGAAAACUAAUUUUUUCAUCGUCGUAACUUAUUAGAUUAUAGUGCCUUUUUUGCCUCCCAAAACAAAAAAAGAAAAAUAAAACAAACGAUAACGAAAGUGUAAACUAACAAAUGGUUUAUAUAUACAGAUCAUAUAGAUAUACAUAUACGGCUUACGAAAGCUAAUUAGAAAGACGAGAAAUGCGUUUAUUUUGUAACAACAAACUAAAGUAACCACAGCUGAUCUAACAAAGCAUUUUUAUCUAAUUUCUUUCUAUAAGAAACCACUAACUAAUUAAUAACCGACUCAGAUAUUUAGAAAAUAUUGAAAGUUUUUUUAAAAUGUUUUCUUACUUGUCAUUUUCAAAAUGUAAUCAUAUUUCUUAUUUGUUUUGUAAUCGGUUUCAACUAAAUUGAUCUAGCUGCAAAUUAAAAACUUGCUUGAGAACUUUUCAAGAAAUUGAGAAAUAUUUUUGUUUGCUACUAAAUUAAAUUAAUUAUAUUUUUUUUAUCAAGAAUAUGUUGUGGUUCUAAGUAAAUAUGCAUCGAAAAAGAACGCGGGUGGCAAACAAGUCAAUUAAUUGCAUUAAAAUUUAACCAAUCGAUGAGAGAUAAACAAAAACAAAAACAAGGAACUGUGGAGCGAUUAGCAUUUGAGCCAUAAGCUGUUGUUUUCUCACUCUCCUAUUUGUUGUUAUUCCCGAUUAUUAGCGAAAACAUCUCCCAAUUAUCAGCAUCAGUUUCGUGUGUGUGCUUGUGAGCUGCAUUCGCAUACAUAUUUUUCAUAUAAAUACACACACACAUGCAAACAUACCAGAAUUUAUAUAUAUGUAUAUAUAUAUAUAUAAAAAGUAAUACAAGUAACAAAUAUACGAAAUUACUACAGUGGAAAACCCAUGCGAAUAAUAUAGAGAGAGAAAAGCAAUACGAAAACACAAAACGUAUAACAGAUAAAUAUAUUUAUUAUUAAAAAUCAAAUAAAAAUUAAUUACAACUUUA